UGCCCGAGGUUUACACACGUGGGUGCAGCAGCAGCAGCAUGGCGUCUCUCACAUACGAGGGCUGUAAUUUCCUCAGACAGAGGCUGGUGCUGUCCACGCUGAGCGGGAAGAGGGUCAAAAUCCGAAACAUACGGUCCAGAGAUGACGAGCCAGGACUGCGGGAUUUCGAAGCUAGUUUCAUCAGGCUGCUGGACAAGGUGACCAAUGGCACCAGAAUUGAAAUCAACCAAACAGGAACGGCCCUGUUCUACCAGCCGGGUCUGCUGUAUGGGGGCUCUGUAGAGCAUGAGUGUAAUGUCCAGCGCUCCAUUGGUUACUAUCUGGAGGCCCUCAUCAUGCUGGCCCCGUUCAUGAAGAACCCACUCAAAGCCAUCCUGAAGGGCGUCACUAAUGACCCAACAGACCCCUCAGUGGACUUACUGAAAGCCACUGCUGUUCCUCUGAUGAAGACGUUUGGCAUCAAUGGAGAAGGUUUGGAAAUAAAGGUAGUGAAGAGAGGUAUUGCUCCCGGAGGAGGAGGGGAGGUCCACUUCUCCUGUCCAGUUUGCCGGGCCCUCAAGCCCGUUCUGCUCACAGACCCAGGCAAGAUCAAGAGGAUCAGAGGAACAGCAUACUCAGUGCGUGUGUCUCCUCAGAUGGCCAACAGAAUAGUGGACACGGCCAGAAGCAUCUUAAACAAAUUCAUUCCAGACAUUUACAUCUACACUGACCACAUGAAAGGAGCCAGUUCAGGAAAGUCUCCAGGUUUUGGUCUGACUCUGGUGGCAGAGACGGUGAACGGCACGCUUCUCAGUGCGGAGCUGGGGUCGACACCGCAGGGGCAGGGAGACCCUGUGCUUCCCGAAGAACUCGGCAAGAACUGCGCCAAGCUGCUGCUGGAGGAGAUCUACAGGGGCGGCUGUGUGGAUUCAAACAACCAGAGCCUGGCUCUUCUGUACAUGACGUUAGGCCAGCAAGAUGUUUCCAAAGCUCUCCUAGGUCCCCUCUCCCCAUACACGAUCGAGUUCCUCCGGCACAUUCGGGACUUCUUCCAGAUCAUGUUCAAGAUCGAGACGCAGAAAGCAGACGAGGAUGAACAGAAAGGAGGAGAUAAAGUCCUGAUGACCUGCGUAGGAGUGGGUUACAACAACAUCAGCAAGAGCCAUAAAUAAAGACUCUAAUCAAACUUCGCACACCAGCUAUGUCACAUCAUAGAAGCCAUUUGUGUUACUGUUAUUCUUAAGUUGUAUUUUCUUUUAUUUUCUCUUUCUGUUGGAAGUUUUUUGACCAAUAAUGUACAGAUGUUUUUGAAGAUAACUGAAAAAAAAGAACAAAUUAACAUCAACA